GGAUUUUACUGAGCCUCUUUUAGCAUCUGGAGAAGGCUUUCCGCGGCAGACUCCAGGUGUAACCGGGAGCUGGAAGCGGCACUUCCCUCCCGCAUUUUGGGCGGGCAGGAGGGGAGGUGGUCCAGCCGCACAAUGACAAAUUAUGCAAAUCCUCGCGGACCACGGAAUCCAUCAGGGCGGUGGGAGAGGAAUGCAGCUCAUCUCCGAAUUCGCCUCUGCCGCGGCGUCCUCGCGAAGCAUCGCCCCCUCGGCCGGAAUGACAUCAGAGCAGCUCCAAGUCCUUGAAAGUCUGCGGGGUGAUUAGCGGCAGGAAUCGGCCGCUCCUGCCAAUCACAGCCCUGCGAAGCCGCCUCGCUACUCCUGGAGAUCCGCGGGAGACGAAGGCUGACUCCGGCACACGGGAGCGCGGCGCCGGCGGCAGGACGGCGAGCAGCUGCUCCUCGGGUGAUUCCGGAGUUCUCGCAGUCCUUCCGCCGGAGCCUGGCGGCUACCCGGCGUAAUCCCCGUGUCCGAGAAGGAAGCUGCAUUUUGAACGGCGUGCUGAGCAGAGGUUUGAAUCAUUCCAGCUGGCUGCUCGCUCUGAAAAAGACGGGCUGGCUAUAAAUGAGAUGUGACUGUGCCGGUAGAGUUCAGUGACUGGGGCUGGAGCAAGAGGAGCUUUCCUGCGAUGCCUCUCAGACAGCUGCUGGCAACUGAAAACUCUCCCUAGUUUGCCUGGAGCCCUGUGAAGAGCUUUGAAUAGCAGAUAUCUCUCUGCUAGGACGCUAGGAAGAGAAAUUCUUCUCUAGAUAAUGUUAAGAGUCCUCUUCAUUGAUUAUUGGCAGCUGUUGCGUUCUGAGAAAACCUCUUUCAAUUUAUCUGUCCGGAUCCUUUGACUUCCCGCUCUGACAGCUUUACAGCCUCCCCGUACGCUUCAUAAAUGCACUGCAAUGGUCACAUGAACAUCUCGGAAGGGGAACCUCCGUGAUUCCUCAUUCCUAUGGCACUUUAGGAAGAGCACCCGGGAAAGUGGCAAGUCCAGCAGGAGCUGGAAGCCCUGCGAAAGAUGAAUCUCAUCGGGAAGCUCCGCAGAAGCUUCCGAACGCUGGUCAUUCUCCUGGCCACCUUCUGCUUGGCAAGUAUUGUCAUCUCUGCCUAUUUCCUCUACACUGGCUACAAGCAGGAAAUGGCCCUCGUGGAAACCACCGGACAAGCAGAGUGCGAGGACCUCAAACUUCUGCCCUACAGGUCUGCAGAGCUGAGAACACCUAAGCCAAUUGAUCCCUCUAGGACUGAUCCCACUGUGCUCCUGUUCGUGGAAAGCCAGUACUCCCAGCUGGGGCAAGACAUCGUAGCUAUCCUCGAAUCCAGCAAGUUUCAGUACCACAUGGUCAUUGCACCAGCCAAGGGGGACAUUCCCCCUCUCACAGACAAUGGGAGAGGGAAGUACACCAUUGUUAUAUAUGAGAAUAUUUUAAAGUAUGUGUCUAUGGACUCGUGGAAUAGAGAGCUUCUGGAAAAAUACUGUGUGGAAUACAGUGUUAGCAUAAUUGGUUUUCAUAAAGCCAACGAGAACAGCUCCCCGAGUACCAGACUGAAAGGGUUGCCAUUACAGCUGUACAACAACGUGGCCCUCAGAGACUGCGUGGUGAACCCGCAGUCACCCCUGCUGCGCAUCACCAAAGCGCCCAGGGUGGAGAAGGGCCCCCUGCCCGGCGAGGACUGGACGGUGUUCCAGUUCAACCAUUCCACCUACCAGCCAGUGCUGCUGAAUGAGCUGCAGCCCGCCAGGCCCACCCCCGCCACGCUGCCCAGGGCUGCUCUCUAUGCAACCGUCAUCCAGGACUUGGGCCUGCACGACGGCAUCCAGAGAGUCCUCUUUGGGAACAACCUGACCUUCUGGCUCCACAAGCUCAUCUUCAUCGAUGCCAUCUCUUUCCUAUCGGGAAAGAAGCUCACGCUCUCCUUGGAGAGGUACAUUCUGGUCGACAUAGACGACAUCUUUGUUGGGAAGGAGGGGACAAGGAUGAACAUCAACGACGUGAAGGCUUUACUAGAGACUCAAAAUUUACUGCGCACUCAGGUUGCAAAUUUCACCUUCAACCUUGGAUUUUCAGGAAAAUUUUACCACACAGGGACUGAGGAGGAGGAUGAGGGUGAUGACCUGCUGCUGAGAUCUGUGGAUGAGUUCUGGUGGUUUCCCCACAUGUGGAGUCACAUGCAGCCACACCUCUUCCACAAUGAGUCCUCACUGGUGGAGCAGAUGAUCCUCAACAAAGAGUUUGCAAUAGAGCAUGGCAUCCCGACCGGCAUGGGCUACGCGGUGGCCCCGCACCACUCCGGGGUGUACCCAGUGCACGUGCAGCUCUACGAGGCCUGGAAGAAGGUGUGGCACAUCCGGGUGACCAGCACAGAAGAGUAUCCACACCUGAAGCCUGCACGGUACAGACGGGGCUUCAUCCACAAUGGCAUCAUGGUGCUCCCUCGACAGACCUGUGGCCUUUUCACUCACACUAUUUUUUACAAGGAAUAUCCUGGUGGUCCUCAGGAGCUGGACAAAAGUAUCAGAGGAGGUGAACUCUUCCUCACCAUUCUCCUGAAUCCCAUCAGCAUUUUCAUGACCCACCUGUCCAACUACGGGAAUGACCGCCUGGGCCUGUACACCUUUGCCAACCUUGCCAGCUUUGUCAAGAGCUCCACUAACCUGAAGCUGCAGACGCUGCCCCCCGUGCAGCUGGCUCAGAAGUACUUCGAGCUCUUCCCCGAGCAGACAGACCCUCUCUGGCAGAACCCGUGUGAUGAUAAACGACACAGGGACAUUUGGUCCAGAGACAAAACUUGCGACCACCUGCCCAAAUUCCUGGUGAUAGGACCCCAGAAAACAGGAACAACAGCCCUUUAUUUAUUCCUUCUGAUGCAUCCUUCCAUUAUCAGCAAUCUCCCCAGUCCAAAAACUUUUGAGGAAGUUCAAUUCUUCAACGGCAACAACUACCACAAGGGAAUUGACUGGUACAUGGAUUUCUUCCCCACUCCUUCCAACAUCACCACCGACCUCCUCUUUGAGAAAAGUGCCAACUAUUUCCAUUCUGAGGAAGCUCCCAAGAGAGCUGCUUCCCUCAUCCCCAAGGCCAAGAUCAUCACCAUCCUCAUCGACCCGUCCGACCGCGCGUAUUCCUGGUACCAGCACCAGCGCUCCCACGAGGACCCCGCUGCCCUGAAAUUCAACUUUUACGAAGUGAUCACAUGCAGCCCCUGGGCGCCGCCGGAGAUCCGGGCGCUGCAGAAGCGCUGCCUGACGCCCGGCUGGUACGCACUGCACAUCCAGAGGUGGCUGGCACACUUCCCUGCCUCCCAGUUGCUCAUUAUAGAUGGACAGCAGCUGAGAAGUGACCCUGCUACCGUGAUGGAUGAAGUGCAGAAGUUUCUGGGCGUCUCUCCUCAUUACAAUUACUCUGAAGCACUAACGUUCGACCCUCAGAAAGGCUUCUGGUGUCAGUUAUUGGAAGGAGGGAAAACAAAGUGCCUGGGGAAAAGCAAAGGUCGGAAAUACCCACCAAUGGACCAAGAGUCCCGAGCGUUCCUGUCCAGCUACUACCGCGAGCACAACGUGGAGCUGUCCAAGCUGCUGCACAGGCUGGGGCAGCCGCUGCCCUCCUGGCUGCGGCAGGAGCUGCAGAAGGUCAGGUAGCACCGGCGGGGACCCGGCCAGGCCCAUUCCUGCCCCCGCAGACACCUCCCGCUCCUCCGGCUCACUCGGCAUCGUCAGGACAGGACCUCACGGACUCCGCUCUUCCCAGCAAAAACAAACCGACGAAUCGCAAGAGAAUGAAUAAAAACUCCCCAAAACCAAACCCGACAGCCGCGGGUGUGCACGUGCUGCCAGUGAAGGAGCGUCGGGCCCUUUUGCCGGCUGCCAGGAAAGCGCACGGCGCUACGCGGCGUUCCCCGGGAUCCGGAGCGGGAUCCCUGCGUAGCCUCCUUCCUCCCUUCGCCAGAAGUACCAGAAAUGUCCGUAGGACGGGCGGACCUCGGAUUGACAAACUGCAGUCUGUCAGGACACGGGCAAAGGAUGGGAACGUCUCUCGCUGGACUGGGAGUUCAUCCUUUUAGUGCGACUGCAAAGGUGUUGGACCUGCCCACGGACUCAAUUCCUCCAUCGCUCUCCUAUCUAGAAAAGCGGCCAAAAAGAGAAAAAGAUUUGCAAGCGACACAGAUUCUGAAGUGUUCAGUGCUCCAGGGACUGGACAACUUUUAUAAGACUUACUGUGAUUUCUGUAGUAUUUCAGAACAAAGGAUAUCCUGUUGACAGAGCUGAGGAAAAAUUUCACUGUCUUGCCCAAGCUCUUUUUUUAAAAAUUUUUCUUUCCCCUCCUACGUGACAACAGCAAACCCAGUUGAACAAAUACUUGGUGUUGAAGCAGAAG